AUGGCUGAAAUGAUCGGCAAACGAGAGCGGCGAAAGAGCCUGAGCAUGUUCAGUCCAUCCCUAUCGACCCCCGCCCGCCCGCCGCUCCAUGAUCGAACGCCCUCGGACGAUACCCUGACGCGAGAGAAGAAGGUCCGUCGAAAUUCCGGCUUCUUUAGCCGCUCACACACAAUCGAGUUCGAUGGAUCCAAUCCGCGCACUGGCACUGCAGAGUCCGACACCGCUGCUUGGUCUGCAGCAGUCCAUGCACCUUCACCGAUUGAGCCCCCUCGCCCGCGCAGGAAGUCCUUGCAGAAAAAGCGAACCUCUGUUUUUGGUUCCUUAAAGUCCCUUCAUUCAUGGGAGGACGACGAACCACUCAGCGCCUCUAUUGCCUCGAUGGAUGAUGGAACUAUGCCCGCUCCCCGAAAUGGGAUCUGGUCAUCGACAAUGCUCCACCACGGGGAGGUGCAGACCACGGGAGGCAUGUGGAGGAAGAAGAGUCAAUAUCUGGUCCUGACCGAUACGCAUAUCAUUCGUUUCAAGAACCAAAGCAAAGCUGCAGAUGUCUUUCCAUCAAUCCCCGCUUCCUAUACACGACCUCCGGCGUCCCACCGCCAAUCGGUGGCCUCCAUCAGCUCAUUGCAGGAUAUGACACAGCUGGCCUCGGGAGAUGCCACCGCGGGGAUUCCACUGAACAGUAUAAUUGCAGUUUACAUGCUGGAGGAUGCUCGCUUGUCGCCCUCGGUUGAAGUAGCCUACCUGGAUGAGCGCACCCACAAAGCAACACUCGUACAAAUGCAGACCUCCGAUCUGCAGGAUCUCAAUCUGUGGAUGGUAGGCAUCCGACAGGCUGCUCACAUCGCAAGGGCAAACUGUCCCAUGCCCUUCAGCAGAGGUUCCGUCGAGUAUGUCACGCGGAUGUUGGAGCACGAACGAGAUUACGACCCGGAGGCAUUCCGCAUGUUCCGGGUUAUUCAAAUCGCGUCCAGCAAGUCGAUCACCCGUUCUUCGUCUGACGAUCUGACCAAGCUUUCGCCCACGGGUUGCUAUCUCGCCAUUGGCUCCCACAAGCUUCAUCUCCUGCCCAUGCAGAAGACCGCCAAUCGAUCUUCCGUCGUAUCCCUGUCUGACUGGGAAUCAGCCACUUCCUUUGGUCUGAUGAAUUUGACUGGUCUGUCUAUGGAAUAUGGCGACGACAGCCUGCAUCUCACUUUUAGGGUUCCCUUGAAGAAACAGUACAAUGUGUAUCUGGCUUCGGUUCACUCCGUUGAAGUUGCUUGCUGGAUCCGCCAGCACACCGAGUACCUGCGUCCCUUGUGGACCAGACAGUCGUACGAAUUCGUUGUGCCGAAAGAAUUGCAGAAUGAAGAAAACUUCCCGCCUGUCCCUCUGGACGAGGAUUACGGAUGCUUUGACCGCACGCUGGUCGCAUACUCGGCCAGCUACGAUAUCGACACUUCAAACAUCCGAUACACAAUCGACCUGGAAUGUGAGGAUGCUCCUUGCUUCCGUUUGCUCAAACCUGCUUCUUCGAAAUCCCCGCGUUACACGGCCUUGGAGCUGAUUGCGGUGAUGCGCUCGCUUCGCUACAAUGAGUUCUUCCAGUCAAUCUCGUUCCGUGGUGUCAAUCUGGAUGCAUUGCAAGGGUUGCGUGAUAUUCAUGGUGUCGACUCAGACGUCCACCUCGACCGAGGUGGCACGUUCGUGCACAUCCCAGGCCAGCAGAAUCUGACUGUGCUCUCACAGGAAGUUCGCGCCCUGGCCCUCAAAAGCAAGUGGUUGCGCCGGCUGGACUUUUCAUACUGCCUCACGAGAGUUCCGACGCCGACUCUGGAGAAAGGCACUCGGGAUCCUGGUUGUGGGAUUCCGGAGGCCAUCUUCCCCGUGUGUCGCCGAGAAUUGACUCGCGUUGACUGGGUCAUUCUCAAUGGUAUCAAGCUUGGUGAAUCAGAUCUAGACUACCUUGUUGAUGCUGCAUCACAAAGUCGGAGUCACUUGCGAGCUCUGGAAGUUGGAGAUUGCGGACUAUCUGUUCACGAUUUGGAUCUCAUUCUGUCGACAAUUGUUGCUCAAGAGUCGACACUCGAGGCAAUCAAUAUUUCCGGUGUGCAAGGUCGACUGAAUCCCGACGUUCUCCAGCAAUAUAUUGGGUAUUUUGGUCAGAUCCGGAAAAUCAACCUGUCCCGCAUCUCACGAACCUCUGGCACCGAUCCUCUGAUUACGGCAGAAAUGCUAUUCAACUGGCGGCUUGAAGAGUUGGCUCUUAGUCGGACGGUGAUCAACCGCGAAACUGUAGAUGCCCUUGCCACAUAUUUGGCCAGUGAACGGUCUCAAAAUCUGCGUUCGAUUCGACUUGAUCAAUGUGGUCUCACCGGUGAAGACGUUGCUAUGUUUAUGCAUUCAAUGACCGCCAUGUCCAGCGCGCCGCGGAGUCUGCAUUUGCACGUCAAUGAGAAUCGCUUGGACGAUGGAUGCUCCCAUAUAUUCAACGCCAUUGCCAAAAACCAGACUCCCUCGCAUUUGUCAAUGCGGAUGAUUGAUUUCAAGAAAGAGGAUCAUUUCCGUGAACUGGUGGAUUCCCUCCGGAAGAACGCCACUCUCCAAUUUUUGGAUAUUUCCAAGGCUUCUCUUCCUUACGAUGCUAGUCCCGAGACUUGCCGCUCUUUGCAAUUGAUGCUUGAAGACAAUGAGACUCUCGAGGCUCUAGACAUCAGUGGAGACAAUGCUCAUCUCGACGUUGCGCGGUUUGGUAUUGGCCUCAACCUUGCGUUAACCGGGUUAAAGAAGAACAAGUCUCUCAAGGUUCUGAAGAUUGAGCAUCAAAAGCUGGGUCUACAGGGUGCUAAUACUCUUGCCUCCGUCUUGGAGGAGAACGACUCGCUACUCGAGGUGCAUUGUGAGAAUAAUGACAUUAAUCUCCAAUCAUUCACCGUGUUAGUGAAUGGGCUGCAAUGCAACCGCUCACUCCUGACGCUCUCGUGCAUGGAUAGAGACCGAAUCCAGUCGUUAGAAAAGGUACGGAGAGAGGUUGACAACGUUCGAUGGGAAGCCAGCAGCAGUCAGACUUCCACCGCCAACUCGAUCCGUCGCUCUCUUUACGCAGCGAUGACUGUUGGCCAAUCGCAGUCCGGUCACCGGCUGCACAAGGCGCCGCCGCCUGCUGUUGCCUCCUCUCUGGAAGCGUCUCCAUUCGCCAAUCACAACGUUGAGCUCGUUCUGGAGUCCUUGAAUGGCAAAUGGGAUUUGGAAGUUAGUCGACUCCGUCGAUACCUCCAACGCAACUACAACAUUGCCCAUGGGCUCGAAGACGCCGAUAUGGAUGACUCGGCCAGUGACGGGCGCCCUGCAACAGCAGCGAGCCUGGGCACAAUGCUUGACAACCUCAAAUUCGACGUUGCCGUGUCUACCGACGAGAUCAAAGCACCAGCAGAACCAACCCCCAUCCUUCUCGCCGAACCCUCAGAAAGCCGCCCCGUAUCCCCAACCAACAUCACGAUCUCAAAACGCAGCUCAUCCAAACCCCGUCCGCACACAGCUCGCGCAGGCAAUUCCCACUCCUCUGGUUACAGCUCAACAUCCACGCAAAGCUCCCGCCUCGCCAUCCCAGUCUCGCCCGUCCCAGCAGUCCCGCCAAUCCCGGCAUCCGUCCGAAAAGCAAAUAGCGUCCGCAGUGCCCGCUCCUCCACAAGCACCGUUUCCACAGGCACAGGCAGCGGUCGAAGCGCCUACGGCACCGCCUCAUCCACCCUCCGCGGAUUCCUCAGCGGCUCAGCAUCCCGCGAACGCCGCCGCGCAGAAUCCCGCAAAGGCUCUAGGGAAUCCCGCGAGUCAAAGGAAAUCCGGGAACCGUCACGUCCUGCUGUCGUCUACGCAAAUGAACCUGCUCCGAAACUUGACUGGGCUCCUCCAAAGAUCGAUUGGGCUCCUCCCAAAAUUGAUCUGGACGAGUUGCACUAA